UCUCCGACUCUUCGUUCUUUCUUUCGCCUGCCUGCAACCCAUCUCGGUCGGAACCCUCCUUCCUCCCCGCCUCAAGGCGCUCAGUUUGAUCCAGGAGGAGGAGGAAGGGAACGGGGGAGCCGUGCCGCCAUGGUGAAGGACAGCGAGUACUACGACGUCCUGGAGAUCAGCACUGACGCCUCCGUGGCCCAGAUCAAGAAGGCCUAUUACCUCAAGGCCAAGCUGGUGCACCCGGACAAGAAUCCGGGCAACCCUGAUGCCGCGCGCAAGUUUCAGGAACUAGGCGAGGCCUAUCAGGUCCUGAGUGAUCCGGUGAAAAAGGAGUCUUACGAUAAGUAUGGAAAGGAAGGACUUCCCCAAGAUAAUAUGAUUGAUCCAACCGCUGUCUUUGGAAUGCUUUUCGGGAGCGAUUAUUUCGAAGAUUAUGUUGGCCAACUUGCGCUAGCAUCUGUUGCCUCAGUAGAGAUUGAGGAAGAAUCAACCACGCCUGAGGCAAAGACAAGGAUUCAAGAGAAGAUAAAGGACGUGCAAACCGAAAGAGAGCAAAUACUUACUCAAAGCCUAAAGGGUCGGCUGCAACCAUAUGUUGAUGGGAAGCAUGAUGAGUUUGGUGAUUGGGCAAAUGAAGAAGCUCGGCGUUUGUCUCAAGCUGCUUUUGGUGAGGCUAUGCUUCACACUAUUGGCUACAUCUAUGUUCGGCAAGCAGCAAGAGAACUUGGAAAAAGCAAGCUGUACAUGGGUGUACCUUUUAUUGCUGAGUGGGUAAGGGACAAGGGCCAUCACGUAAAAUCACAGGUUAAUGCUGCUGCAGGUGCAAUUUCUCUGAUACAGCUACAAGAAGGAAUAAAAAAGAUAGAAGAGGGUGACAACAAGGAAGAGCAGCUUAUUAAGAGUAUCGAAGAGAAAAAGGAUGCAAUGCUCAAUUCUUUAUGGAAAAUUAAUGUGGUCGAUAUUGAGGCAACGCUUUCACGGGUUUGCCAAGCAGUUUUGAGAGAAAAUGAUAUUCCCAGAGACAUACUGAAGUUGAGAGCAAGAGGACUGAAAAAGCUAGGGACGAUAUUUCAAGGCGCAAAAUCAAACUACCGUCGUGAAAACAGCUUGCGUGUUGAAGAUGACGCUGCAGAAGCCACACCGUCGCAGUGAGAUGGUGGACAAAUUUGGAUAUGAUAUCAUAUCAUAUACUGGCAUACCGCGUCAGCGUCACCGUCACCGACUCACCGAGAUGUGAGCCCGAUUGCCCGAAAGCCGACCACUGCGGAAGGACAACGCUGUUUCCAAAGAUUUUUGUACGGUGUAACCGCAAGGUUUUCAAUAUGAUGACAUACUGUAUCGCUGUUCUGCACUGCAAAUAGUUUUGUUUUGGACAAAAAUGUGAAGAAGAUACAUAAUGAUUGAAGCGCAUGAUCAUCGA